AUGUCCCGACGUUCGCUCAACACCGCGUCUGCCAGCGAGGAACCGUCUGGUCCCCUCAGCGGCCCUAGCACUCUUGAUUGGCGUCGCACACGGCUCCUUAGAAUCGGAUCUGCUCAGAACCUCCAGCAGCCCGACCCUCCAGGCGGCGUCGAGUCUGCUAUAGACUCGGAACACACACCUCUAAUCACAACAGGCCACGAACGACCUUCACUGAGAGCACAUCAUUCUUCCUAUGGCGCCCUACCCACAGGCGGUCAGUCCCGUACACAGUCUAAACCUUCUUUAAGCUUCCGCGCCCGUCACGGCCAUCCCCCUCUCCCAAAGCUUGCCCUCCCCACCCGUCUCUCCAUCUCCAAUCCUCCCACCCCCUUCGACCGUCACUCCUUUCGCAUCAACGCACAGCGUCCAAUUUCAGCUUACGAUGCCCCUCCCGGGCGCAAGACCACCGACGACGACCUUGCAGCACCCGAAAUAGUCGCCAAAGCGAAUGGAAUCCGCGUCUGGUAUUCCUCCUUCUCUUCUAUCGACUGGCUCCAUGAUGCUAUCAAGGACCGUGCUCGCCUCUAUCGCCUGCGUCGGAGGAAAUCCGUUCGAGGACGUGUGCGCAACUUGGCCGAUCGCCUUGCGGGGUGGUUCUUGGUGACAAUGGUCGGCUUCCUAACUGCCCUCGUCGCCUUUCUCAUCGUGCGCGGCGAACAAUGGCUCUUUGACAUCAAGGAAGGAUAUUGUGCUUCCGGUUGGUACAGGGCAAAGCGCUUCUGCUGCCCCUUUUCCGCACCUGAUGAUGAUCUGGUGUUGAGAUCUACGGCUGAAGAGGCAUGCGGUGCCUGGAGGACAUGGGCACAGGUCUUGAGCAGGAACGAUGCUUCAGAGACAUCCGAAACGGUCAUCGAAUACUUUGCCUACGGCUUCUUUGCUUUAUUGCUUGCCCUGUUGUCCUGUCUGUUGACGAUCUACCUCACUCCGUCCUCUUCCUUCUCUACCCGUAAAGAUUCCGGCGUCCUGGCUCCCCAGUAUGUCGACGAGAAUGCGAAGGAUAAGUCAGCUUCAUCCGCCUCGGAUAGAGGCACACCUCGCAAGGUGAUGUACUACGCUGCAGGGAGUGGUAUUCCAGAGAUCAAAACCAUUCUAUCUGGCUUCGUGAUUCACGGCUACCUUGGUGGUCGUACUCUAUUCACGAAGUCGGUCGGGUUGGCCCUGAGCGUUGCAUCCGGUCUCUCUCUCGGCAAAGAGGGCCCCUUCGUUCACAUAGCCAGCUGCAUCGGUAACAUCAUCAGUCGCUACUUCACCAAGUACGAGAAUAAUGAAGGAAAGCGUCGCGAGAUUUUGAGCGCGGCUAGUGCGGCAGGUGUUGCGGUCGCUUUCGGAGCCCCUAUCGGAGGAGUUCUCUUCAGCCUGGAGGAAGUCUCGUAUUUUUUCCCUCCAAAGGUCAUGUGGAGAACUUUUUUCUGUGCGAUGAUUGCGGCAGGAUCGCUUCGCUUCUUGGACCCAUUUGGCACUGGCAAGAUCGUCCUCUUUCAGGUCACCUACGACAAGGACUGGCAUGCCUACGAGCUCAUCCCCUUUCUCUUCCUCGGAGUCAUCGGCGGUGUCUACGGUGCCUUUUUCUCCAAACUCAACUAUCGCUGGUCGCGCGAUGUCAGGAACAAGUCCUGGCUCCGCACGCAUCCCGUUGCUGAGGUCCUCUUAAUCACGCUCCUCUCGACCGUGCUCGGUUUCAUCAACACGUACACCCACAUGGGUGGCACCGAACUUGUGUAUAACCUUUUUGCUGAGUGCCGGACUGGCUCUCCGAAUACACACUCUGGCCUCUGUGUGUUGGACCCUCCGAGUCAGGCGUGGCCGGUCAUCAAAGCUGUGUUCAUCGCUAUGGUGGUCAAGGGAGUCUUGACGAUCAUCACCUUUGGCAUCAAAGUACCCGCAGGAAUCUUCAUACCAUCCCUCGGGGUUGGAGCUUGCGCCGGCCGUAUCGUUGGCAUUCUCAUACAAUGGGCUCAAUGGCAUUGGCCACAUGCCCGCGUGUUCCGCUCAUGCGGAGGAGAUCUCGACUGUGUGGUUCCCGGGCUGUACUCCAUGGUCGGUGCGGCGGCCUCGCUGAGCGGCGUGACGAGGACGACGAUUAGUCUGGCUGUGAUCAUGUUCGAGCUGACCGAUUCAUUGAGUUACGUGAUUCCGGUUAUGUUGUCGGUGCUGGUGGCCAAGACGGUGGCGGAUGCAUUGGAGCCGAAGGGUAUCUAUGAUCUUGUCAUUGAUCUCGCUCAACUCCCUUACCUCGACGCCAAACACGAAUAUCUUUGGGGCAGUCUGGGGGUUAAUGAUGCCGUUGAACGCGAGGUGGAAGUAAUCCGCGUUGACACGCCUCCGACGGUCAAGACCCUCCGCGAUCAGCUGCAGAUCGUCGUUGCCUCUGGCUACGCAGACGGCGGGCUUCCGAUCCUGUAUCAGGACGAUGGCGGCUCCAGAAUGGUUGGAUAUAUCGGAGCUAGUGAACUCGAACAUGCUCUCAGCAUCGUAGCUGACGAGGCGGACAGCGCAGUACACUUCACUGGCACGAGGGGAUUCAGAUUUACCGACCUAUCGUCUUCGUCCGUGUCAUCAUUCAUCAAUCAUCCGUCAGGUUAUGAUCCCUUGGAUUUCAGUGUUUAUAUGGACCAGGCGCCCCUGACGGUUCAAUUGAACUCUCCGCUAGAGCUCGUACACCAAUUCUUUGUCAAGUUAGGCGCACGCUAUGUCGUCGUCCAAGACUCGGGAGGAUACUACGAAGGCGUAAUCGACAAGAAAGCGUGGCUUGCGUUCUUGGGAGAGCUCGAGCAUAAGGCAUACUAG